GAGACGAUCGCCGAUAUGGCGGAAUUGUCCGAGGAGUCCCGAUUGCCAAAGCCGGCUCUGAUAUGGUACUUACUUCAACCAAAACAAACAGACAGCGUUAAACUUGCCACUUCGUGAACAAAUAUGAAGACGUGGCAAGUGCUAACAGUAGGUGUGUUUAUUCACACCAUAUUCUUUUAUUCAAUAUUUGAUAUCUACUUCACCUCCCCGAUCGUUCACGGGAUGACCCCCCAUAGGUCACCGCUACCAGCACCUGCAAGACGACUGGUCCUCUUUUCUGCUGACGGGCUUAGAGCUGAUAAAAUGUUUGAAUUAGAUCCCAGCGGAAAAAGUAGAAUCCCUUACCUAAGGAGUAUUAUUGAGAAGUCUGGCUCCUGGGGUGUGUCUCACACACGGGUUCCAACUGAAUCCAGGCCAGGUCAUGUUGCCCUGAUUGCUGGAUUCUAUGAGGAUGUCAGUGCUGUUGCUAAAGGCUGGAAAGAGAACCCUGUAGAAUUCGACUCCGUUUUCAACGAGAGUCACUACACCUGGUCCUGGGGAAGUCCUGACAUUCUGCCGAUGUUUUCAAAAGGUGCAUCUGGUGACCAUGUGUUUACCCAUUGCUACCCAAGCCAUUUUGAAGAUUUUAGUGACUCACAACCUUCCAAGCUUGACACUUGGGUGUUCGAUGAAGUGAAGGAAUUCUUCAGAAGCAGCGCUGACAACCCAGAUAUGAUGAAGAAACUUCAUGAGGACAAGAUUGUGUUCUUCCUUCACCUCCUUGGCAUUGACACCAACGGGCACUCCAACAAACCGCACUCUGAGGCGUACCUUGCCAAUAUCCGAUUGGUGGAUGCUGGGAUACAGCAGGUUGUGGAACUGGUGGAGGACUUUUACAAUCACGACGGGGCCACUGCCUACGUCAUGUCUGCAGAUCACGGCAUGACAGACUGGGGCUCCCAUGGUGCUGGCCACCCAAGUGAGACCUUGACCCCUCUGGUUGCCUGGGGAACAGGUGUAAAGGGCGCACGCAGAAGUAACGGCAGUCGUUACCGUGACAACUUCUCACAAGAAUGGAAGCUUGAUCACUUGGAGAGAAUUGAUGUGGAACAGGGUGAUAUUGCUCCCCUUAUGGCAGCCUUGAUAGGGGUCCACUUCCCGAUGAAUUCUGUUGGUAUCUUGCCAUGGCAGUACUUGGACAUUAAUUUAGGAGCCCUGGCUGAGACAUUGUAUGCCAACACCAGGCAACUACUGGAGCAGUACCAGGUGAAGAUGGAUCUGAAGAAGUCUACCACCUUGGAAUUUGCAUUCAGACCCUUCAAGGAGCUUACACAGGCAAACAUGAUAGAUGUUCACCGCCACAUCAAGCAGCUCAUACAGACCGGUUACUAUCAGGAUGCUGUUGAUGAAUGCUUGCGUGUCAUGAAAAUAACCCUGCAAGGGCUGAACUACUACCAGACAUACGACAGAAUGUUCUUGGGGGUUAGUGUGUGUUGUGGCUUUCUUGGCUGGAUGGCCUACAUUUUCACCCUUGUGUUUGAGCGUCACUCAGGCGUUGUAAAGCAAUCAUCAAGGAAACGGUUGCUAGGCAGCCAAUCCGGGGACACUGGGGUCAUGCUGGUGUUCACAGUGAUCGGGCUGGUGAUUGCAUUUCUGCUCUUUGUUCAGUCAUUGCCGUGGACUAACUACCUGUACUGCUUGAUACCUAUCUAUCUAUGGAUGUUAGUUGUUCUCAGACGUGACAUUAUGAGCCAGAUGUUCAGUUACACUCUUGUGAUGGAGAACAGGACAGGACUCCUGGUUGCUGUUACUGCCAGCCUCUUCGGACUGGAAAUCUUGGUGAUUGGGUUUUUCUACCGUGAGAUGCUCUCUAUAGGUCUAACUCUCAUUGCUGUGUUGCCAUGGGUUUCAACUGACCUAAGAAUCUGCCAGUCAAAGAAGCCCCUGCUGCUGUGGUCAGUGUGCUGUCUCUUGCUGGCAGUGUUCCCAAUGCUGCCUGUGGUCACAGGAAAGAGGACUACCUCAUAUGUACUUGCUGGUGGCCUGUUGAUAUGUGGUUGGGUGGUCUACAACAUAGCCUGUUCCAUGUUAAACAAUACGACCACUGUGAAGCAAGGCCAGGAGACCCAUCAUGGGGGCCUACUGCAGACUGUGCAGAUGCUUGGCGUGGGCAUAUCCCUGUACUUCUCAGUCUGGCAGGUGGAGGCUGGUCUGUCUCUAUGGCAACAUGCAGUCAGCUGGACUCUACUGGGGAUGUCAGUGGUGGAGCCAUUGCUGUGUUCCAGCCUGCUGUCUCAUCGGUUACAGACCGUGUUCCUGGCAUUUGCAGCACCGUAUAUCCUGCUCAGUGUCUCUUAUGAGGUUCUCUUCAUUGUUGUAUUGGGUCUGGUGCUGUCCCAGUGGUUGGAAGUGGAGAGAAACUUGGUAGUGUCCUCAUCUACUCAUGAAAAGACAAUAUCAUAUCUGUCCAAGCUGGAUUUUCGAGAAGCAGUGAAUGCACGUCUACCGAGUCACAGGCAUUCUAGAAACCACCUGGUCAUCGCAGACAUUCAGCGAGCUUUCUUUUUUGUUUUUUUCAUUCUUACAUCGUUUUAUGGUGUUGGCAAUAUUGCAAGUAUUAACAGUUUUGACCCCUCAGCAGUGCUCUGUUUUGUGUCUGUGUUCUCUCCCUUUGUAAUGGGUGGUCUACUCCUGUUUAAGGUGGUUAUUCCGUUCAUUCUGGUCACAUGUUUCCUGCGUGCUGUGCACGUGAUCUCCAGUGUGCCGGUGGAGGGACUGUUCCUCAUCAUCAUGCUCAUGUCAGACUGCAUGGCUCUGCAUUUCUUCUUCCUGGUUCAGGACACCGGUAGUUGGCUGGAUAUCGGCACCAGCAUCAGCCACUACGUGAUCGUGAUGUGCAUGAUCAUCUUCAUCAUGGUCCUGUUUGGACUCACACACUUCCUCACCACUUCCUCUCUGUUACCAAGGAAACAGAAGUUGCGCCGUCUAUGAUUACUGCGUACAAAAAUUGUUACGUUCUUGGCCUUGCGUUUGUCAUUUGUCGGAGUUGUUACCAUGGCAAAAAAAAAAAGAAAUGUUGAUGCUGGCUGGAUAUUCAUCUUGUUUUGAUGGUAAAAACUGGAAACUGAAAAUCCACAAAACAAUGUGAAAUCCUACUCAUUGAAUACAAAUAUCUUCAAACCACAAUUUAAACACUUAAAACUAACGAGAGAAUUUAGUUGGAAUUAUUGUAAAAAUUACAUAUAACUAUGCAAAACCUGGAAAUCCUUCUUAAGCGAUAUGUAACCUAAAAGAGUUUUUAGUUUUUAGCUCACCUGAUUGCUCAGGUCAGCUUUUGUGACCGGUCUUUGUCCGUUGUAUGUCCGUCCGUCCGUCCGUUAACAUUUGCUCGUAAACACUUUAGAGGCCACAUUUCUUGUCCCAUCUUCAUGAAACUUGGUCAGAAGCUUUGUCCCAAUGAAAUCUCAGCCGAGUUCGAAAACUGGGUUGUGCCGGGUCAAAAACUAGGUCACAAGGUAAAAAAAAAGAAAAACCUUGUAAACACUGUAGAAGUCACAUUUCAUGCCCAAUCUUCAUGUAACUUUGUCAAAAUGUUUGUCUUAAUGAUAUCUUGGUUGAGUUCAAAAGUGGUUUCGAUCUGUUGAAAAACAUGGCAGCCAGUGGGUGGGGCAGUUUUCCUUAUUUGGCUAUAGAGAAACCUUGUAAACACUCUAGAAGUCACAAUUUUUGCCCAAUCAUCAUGAAAGUUAGUCAAAACAUUUGUUCAAUUGAUGUCUUGGACGAGUUCGAAAAUGGUCGAGAUCGGUGAAAAAACAUGGCCGCCAGUGGGCAGGGCAUUUUUCUCUAUAUGUAUAUAGUGGCAGUUUUCCCUAUUUUGCUUUAGAGAAACCUUGUAAACACUCGAGAAGUCACCAUUUUUGCCCAAUCAUCAUGAAAGUUGGUCAAAACAUUGGUUUUAUUGAUAUCCCGGACGAGAUUGAAAAUGGUCGUGAUUGUUGAAAAAACAUGGCCGCCAGUGGGCGGUGCAUUUUUGUCUAUAUGUAUAUAGUGAAAACAUGUAAACACAGUAGAAGUCACAUUUUUGGCCCAAUUUUCAUGAAAUUUGCUCAGAACAUUUGUUUUCUCGAUACGAGAGUUGAGUUCAAAAAUGGUUCCGGUCAGUUGAAUAACAUGGCUGCUGGGAGGGGGGCAGUUUUCUCAUUAUGCCCCCCCACCCCUUUCGAAGAAGAGGGGGUAUAUUGUUUUGCUCAUGUCGGUCCAUCCGUCCACUAGAUGGUUUCUGGAUGAUAACUCAAGAGCGCUUAUGCCAAGGAUCAUGAAACUUCAUAGGUACAUUGAUCAUGACUCGCAAAUGACCCCAAUGGAUUUUCAGUCACUAGGUUAAAGGUCAAGGUCACGAUGACCAGAAAUAGUAAAAUGGUUUCCAGAUGAUAACUCAAGAACGCUUAUGCCUAGGAUCAUGAAACUUCAUAGAUACAUUGAUCAUGACUCGCAGAUGACCCCUAUUGAUUUUCAGGUCACUAGGUCAAAGGUCAAGGUCACGGUGACCUGAAAUAGUAAAAUGGUUUCUGGAUGAUAACUCAAGAACGCUUAUGCCUAGGAUCAUGAAACUUCAAUGGUACAAUGAUCAUGACUCGCAGAUGACCCCUAUUGAUUUUCAGGUCACUAGGUCAAAGGUCAAGGUCACGGUGACUUGAAAUAGUAAAUGGUUUCUGGAUGAUAACUCAAGAACGCUUAUGCCUAGGUUCAUGAAACUUCAUAGGUAUAUUGAUCAUGACUUGCAGAUGACCCCUAUUGAUUAUCAGGUCACUAGGUCAAAGGUCAAGGUCACAGUGCCAAAAAACGUAUUCACACAAUUGCUAUCAAUGUCACGGUGACUCAACUUUCAAAAAUAGUUUCCUGAUGAUAACUCAAGAAUGCUUACGCCUAGGAUCAUGAAACUUCAUAGAUACAUUGAUCAUGACUCGCAGAUGAAAUAAUGAUGAAACUUGAUCAGGAUGUUUGUCUGGACAAUAUCUAGGUCAAGUUUGACAUUUGGUAAAGAUUGAAUGAACCGACUCCUCUCAGGUGAGGGAACUAGGGCCAUCUUGGCUCUCUUGUUUGAAAUAGUAUUAUGUUGGUUUUCUUAGGUUUCUAAAGUUUUACAUUACGAUUCCAGCACUUGUCAUUGGUUUUCAUUGUUGUUAUACUGUUAUAUUGGCUUACCCUUCUGUUGAUGUCAUGUAAAAGUCAAUGUGAUUGAGGAUAUUUAAAAAAACUUAUUUACUUGCUCACAAAUUGUUUGUUUAUAAGAUAUAUAUCCUGGCACUAUAUAUUCCUGCCACUAAUAUUUGUGUCUUUCUGCUUGACACAUGUUCUAUACGCAGCUGUCGUCUAGUACAUUAUUAAUGAAAUUAUUUUGUUAGAUUCUCAAUUUUAAGUGUGUCUUUAUAUACUUUUUCUUUGUUUGUUUUUUGGUCGGACCAGUCUCAAAUAUUAGCAUCUGUAUCUGUAUUGCUCGGAGCAAAGAUUGGCAAACCAAGAACACUGUUUGUCACUGUUGCUAAGAGUUGCAAAUCAGGACAAAAUCUGAUCAUAAGUUUUGUUACAUGUCAAAACUUUAAAAUAGAGUUGUUAAACAUUGUUUUAUUCCAUAAUUUUGAACAUUCCAACAAAUCUGAGUCACAUACAAUUAUCUUCAUGUUUUUUUAUUUUUCUAGUGAAGAAAUGGUCACUCAAUAAAUUCCACAGUUUUCAUCCAAUUAUUUCUAAAUUUGCACAGUAUCUUUAUAUCAAUGACGACUUGAACCCUUUUGAAUAUGAGCAGUAUCGGAGAAAUAAGUACACAAUAAUCUCUUCUUGAAUUUGAAAAAAUUCUCCUUGUUUGCGCGAUUAAGUACACAGUUUCCAUCUUAUUCUUUCCAAACUUGCACAGUGUUUAUAGCAGUAGAGCGAUUCAGGCCCUCAUGGGCCUCUUGUUUAUUUUAUUGAAGCAAGGAUUCGUUUUAUUUUAAAAGUUAACAUGGUUAACAAAAUAUUUAUAGGAUUUCACGUUGACCUUUAUCUCAUGUAAAUUAAAAUAAUCAAAUUAAAUCUUAAUAAAAAAUAUAUAUUGCACAAUGAUUAUGUAUUUAUAGAAAUUUAAAACAUCAUAACUUAUUGUGUAAAAAGAUCACUAAGGCCUCAACUAAUUGAUCAAUCGUUUGACAUGUUUUGGGUCCAAAAGAUUGGAGCAUUUUCGAUAAAUUAAGACGCAAGCAAAAAGCAUAUAAUACAAAACAGUAUUUUAUCCGUUUAAAUAUUAAACAUUUCUGCCAAGCACAAUUAAAAGAUUUGUGAAUAUUGUCAAUAAUUUCCUCUUUAAAAGUCAUUUUCCCCAGUGUUUGUCCUUGAGUAGUGUUAGUGACUGUUGAAAACUACCAAUAUCUUAUGCUGAUGUGUUCUUUCUACUGUCACUAAUGGAUGACAAGCUAGGGUCAGCAUACAUGUAUAUGAGCCACAUUCCGUGAAAAGGGGUUUUAAUGCAUGUGCGUAAAGUGUCGUCCCAGAUUAGCCUGUGCAGUUUGACAGGCUAAUCAGGGAUAACACUUUAGGCCUAUACUGGAUUUUUGCUUAAGAUACUUUCUCGAAACAAACGAGAUGUGUUUGUCAGAAACACAGUGCCCCCUAUUGCGCUGCUUUGAAGCCAUAAAUUUAACCUUUGACCUUGAAGGAUGACCUUGACCUUUCACCACUCAAAAUGUGCAGCUCCAUGAGAUACACAUGCAUGCCAAAUAGCACGUUGCUAUCUUCAAUAUUCAAAAAGUUAUGACAAAACUUUAAUAAAGGUUAAAGUUAUGGGGAAAGAAAAAUACAAUAUUUGACCUUUGACCUUGAAGGAUGACCUUGACUUUUCACCACUCAAAAUGUGCAGCUCCGCGAGAUACACAUGCAUGCCAAAUAUUUAGUUGCUAUCUUCAAUAUUGCAAAAGUUAUCAAACUUAAACCAAGGUUAAAGUUUUGGGACACACACAAUGAAUGAAUGACAGGCCAAAAACAAUAUACCCCCGAUCUUUCGAUCCGGGGGCAUAAAAUUAUCAUAAAAGUGCAAAGUGUCGUCCCUGAUUAGCCGGUGUGGACUACACAGGCUUAUCUGUGACAACACUACGCACAUGCAUUAAACCCUGUUUUCUCAGAGCACAGCUCAUAGUUUUAUUCUGUAUAUACAUGUAAUUUUUCGGAGAAAACUAGAGGUAUUCUCACAGCCACCUUGUCGUCCGGCGUCUGCCAUCCCCGUUGUGCUAAAACCUUAACAUUGGUUCUAAAAUCAAAAUGCUUCCACCUACAACAUUGAAACUAUGUAGCUGCACCUUGAUGAGUUUUACAUCCCACACCCAUUUUUGGGUCACUAGGUCAAAGGUCAUUGUUACCUCUAAUAUUCUUCUGACAUGCUUUCAUUUAUUCAACUGCAUCCACAGCCGAGCAUUGGUACCCGGGGGACAGAAAUGGUGCUUAAAAAUUUGUAACAGGUUGAUAAAGAUCAACAACAAUAAGAAUAUUUGCUGCUAGUUGGUAGCAUUAACUGUUUUGAAAAAUAGUCAUUUUCAUAAACAAGAGCUGUCUCCAUAGGAAUAAACACUGAUAGAAAUUAUGAGCAUUUUUUCGAAACCUAAACGCAGACCCUAAGUUCAAGGUCAAGGUCAAACGGGUCAAAAUUUGUGUACGUAUGGAAAGGCCUUGUCCAAAUACAUAUGCAUACCAAAUAUGAAUGUUACAUCUGAAGAAACAUAGAAUCUAUGAGAUAUUUUUGAAACCUAAAUGCAAAGUGUGACGGACAGACAGACGGACAGUGCCAUCACUAUAUGCCCUCCUUCGGGGGCAUAAAAAAAUAUGUACGUUUGACAAAACUGAAAAGAAAAAGCUUUUCAGUGAAAUUUUUGAGCUCGCAGCAAACUGGACACUGAGGGCGAUUUUAUUGUUCAGUUUAUUAGCUGCAAAUCCCACAAGUUUCUUGUCUAACAUAUUAUGUAGAUGGCGGUGUAUGUGUAACACUACCCAGAAAUGUAUAAUUCCAAUUAUCGUUUUAUUUAUCAAAAAGCAAUUUUCUCUGUCCUUCCAACUUAAUAUAAACCAGGUUCGAUUUUUCUGGAAGAAUUGUCUUUGAUUUUCAUUAAGCAACAAAAAAUGCAUAUCCCCCAUGCCAGAUUGUGGAAUUCUCUUAAUAUCUUUAAAAGUAAAUAUAUUAUUGUAAUGUUUUAUGUAAUAGACCCUUUUACACUUCUUAGAAUACAGUUUUGUACUGCAACUUGUGCUUGUUCUAGUCCGUGUGCUUGCACUUAUAGUUUCCAUAAGCGAAAAGGUGUUGAGUUAAAACAAGAUUUAUUUUGGAUUUCCUUGGGUUAGUUUAAGCACAUAAGCAGGGCUUCCAUUGCCAUUUGCCAAAGUAUCCAAUUGCAAAUUGCGCUACAGAAAUUUUUGUCUACAUAAAGAUAGACGUAUAUGAUGAAUCAAGUAAACCAUAACUCUACAUUGUUAAAAAAAAGAAAUAUUUUGGGCUAUCAGGAUUUAACUCUUUAGGAAGGAUAUUAUUUUUAACAAACAAAAUGCUUGUUUUAUUAAUUUUAAUAAAUUACCAGCGUUUCAGGCCAAUAUAUUGCACUACAAUUUACACAGAUAAUACAACAUGAAUCGCUAUGAAAAUGAUAUGCCUAAAUAUGUACACAUUAAACAUGCAAGAUCAUUCGUUUUUUGUUUGAUACGGUUUGAACUUUUAACUUAAAUGCAAAAUAACAAUACUAAUAAUAAUGUUCAUAUUUCUGUGUUAACUGAUUAUGGUGAAAAUAAAAUAAGAAACCCGAAAUUACCAAACAAAAAACAAUUUAAUGUGAAUAGAAGUACUAAAUUUUCUCUGCAUAUACAAUAACCCCACAUUACACAGGAAUAACUGUAUAAUUAUACUUCAAAGCAAAAUCUUUGCAGGCACUUGUAUACACAUAUUCUGAAUUUCAUGGCAGACCCAUAUACAUUGCAUACUGUUAAUGGAAUAAAUAUAACAAGAGAUUGCCAAACAAUAUGGUCCCCUACCGGUGAAACUCCACCAUUGUCAGAAAAUAAUUUAUUUUUUUUUUAUAUAUUUGUUGCCAUAGCAACCAGAAUUCCUGACGUAGGAACAAAAUGAAAUGACGUGCAUAAUCUCCAUAUUGCCAUCUAUCCAUUUUUCAAGUAUCAUGAAAAUAUAUGAAGAACUUUUGCAGGAUCCAGAAAAGUGUGACCGACAGACUGACUGACACACAGAGCGCAAACCAUAAGUCCCCUCCAGUUUCACCGGUAGGGGACAAAAACAUGUUUGAACAUUAUUCAUGUAAACUACACACCAAAUUUUUUUCUCAACAUAUUUUUGCUCAUGCCAAUAUUGAAUUUCCUAGUCAUCAUAUUUACACAUUUUCGAUAAAAUGAUUUUCAUUACCAAACUUAAAUGUAUGUAUUUUAUAGAAAAAUCUGAGAAGGUCUAUGAAUUACCAGUUAAAAAUUGACAUGCUAAAUGAAUGAGAGAUGUCAAUGGUUUACAAACAUACAGAUAAUGUAGGCAAGUUGUGUGAAUAGGAUAUGAAGCUACAGCAAAGCUAUUAUGUAAAUGUCUAUUGCUUGGUUAUUGCUUAUAAUGUAAAUGUCAAUUGCUUGAUAUUGUUUAUGUUAAUGUCAAUUGCUUGGUUUUUGCUUAUAAUGUAAAUGCUUGAUUAUUGGUUAUUAUAAAGUCCAUGCUCCAUUUACCUUACAUAAAUGUUAUGUAAUUAG